GGCCCGAUCCUUGGCUCCCUCCUCCCCGCCUCCCCCUCCACCUUCGCCGCCGCCUUUUUGGGCAUCCCUUACGCCCAUCCCCCCUUGGGUUCCCUCCGUUUCCGACCCCCUCUCCCCGCCCGCCCUUGGAGCCUCCCGUUGGACGCCUCUUCCCAACCCAACGCUUGCGUCCAAGCCGUCGACAAAACCUUCCCGGGUUUCGACGGCGCCGAGAUGUGGAACCCCAACCGCGACAUGAGCGAAGAUUGCCUCUACCUCAACGUCUGGACCCCCUCCCCCCGCCCACCCCACCCCCUCCCCGUCCUCGUUUGGAUCUAUGGGGGGGGGUUCUACAGCGGCGCCGCCUCGCUCGACGUCUACGACGGACGCGUCUUGGCCGCCGCCGAAGGCGUCGUGGUUGUGUCCAUGAAUUACCGCGUCGGCGCCUUGGGUUUCCUCGCCUUCCCCGGCCAUCCGGAGGCUCCCGGCAACGCGGGGCUCUUGGAUCAACGCUUGGCUUUGCGUUGGAUCCAACGCAACAUCCGCGCCUUCGGCGGCGAUCCCGGCGCCGUCACGCUCUUCGGCGAGAGCGCCGGCGCCGCUUCCGUCGGCAUCCACCUCUUGUCCGCGGGGAGCUCGGGGCUCUUCCGUCGGGCCGUCCUUCAAAGCGGUUCUCCCAACGGACCUUGGGCUACCAUCGGGCCCGCCGAGGCUCGUCGACGCGCGUUGGCUUUGGGGGCGGCUUUGGGAUGCGUUGGUAACGAUACGGAAGUGGUGGCGUGUCUUCGGGAGCGACCGGCGUCGGAGUUGGUGGAGAACGAGGCGGUCGUGGUGCCGCAAGGGAGCGUCUUCCGCUUCGCCUUCGUGCCCGUGGUCGAUGGGGAGGUGUUGAGGGAGAGCCCCGAAGAGCUGCUGGGGGUCAACGGCGGCAUCGACGUCCUUUUGGGGGCCGUGCAGGACGAAGGCACCUACUUUUUGGUCUACGGAGUGCCGGGCUUCGGCAAGGACAACGAGAGCUUGAUCAGCCGCGACGAGUUCCUACAAGGGGUGCGCAUGGGGGUGCCCCAAGGCAACGAGGUGGUGGCGGCGGCCGUGGAGCUGCAGUACACCGAUUGGUUGGACCAGGAUAACCCGGUGAAGAACCGAGAGGCGUUGGGUGCCAUCGUAGGCGACCACAACGUGGUUUGUCCUUUGAUGGAGUUCGCUUCGCGUUGGGUCGAAGGAGGACGGGGUCGAGUCUACGCGUACCUGUUCGAGCACCGGGCGUCCACGUUGCUGUGGCCCCAAUGGAUGGGGGUGCCCCACGGUUACGAGAUCGAGUUCGUGUUCGGGCAGCCACUGAGGCCGGAGCUGAACUACACCGAGGAGGAGAAGAGGCUGAGCAGGAGGAUGAUGGGAUACUGGGGGAACUUCGCACGGACAGGGGACCCGAACGGGCGCGAGGAGGAGCCGGGGGCGGGCGCGCGGUGGCCCCGGUUCACGGCGCGGGGCCAAGGCUACGCUCGACUCAACACCGCCCCCUUGAGCCAGGGCAAGGGCCUGCGGGCCCAGGCCUGCGCCUUCUGGACCCGCUUCCUGCCCAAGCUGCUGCACGCAACCGGCCCCAUGGAGGAGGCCGAGCGCCAGUGGAGGCAGGAGUUCCACCGCUGGAGCUCGUAUAUGGGGCGCUGGCAGAGCCACUUCGAGCACUACAGCCGCAUGGAGCCCUGCCAGCAGCUCUGAUGAGCCCCAUAGC